GGUAACACGGCGCCAGCUCCUGCGCGAUUGGCUCCGCAGCACGAAGCCGACUGUGUGAUGAAGUGCGGAAGAAAUAAGGGGGGGAAUUCCUGAGCAACCCUCAUCCUUGUGUAGAUGGGUUUGAGAGUUGUCAUUGCGGCUUAACGUACAGUUUAUCCUGAUUAUUUGUGCUGAACAUGGUGGAAGAGCUGGCGCCUGGUUGUUGACCGCUGGCAGCGGCUUGUUAGCGCUUCUCGGGCGCCUCAACAAGUCUUCCGGACUCGGCGGCGUUAAGUUGACGUUAGCUCUGCGCUAGCCAAGUCAGAAAGUGCUGUUGGAAACACGCGUCAGUGAGACAGUAAGAUAAGGACAUGGUUCAGCCUCAGCCUCACGGAGGCAGUACCUUACAGUGGGAGAUGACCGGAGAGGAAGCUGUAGGUGCUGGCAGCCAAGGGUCACUGAUGGCCAGUUCACAAGGAUCGCUGAGAGUACCACCUGAAUUAGCCGGAAACGAGGUGGUCCACAGACUUCUGGCAGAUAACCACCAGUUACGAGAGGCCCUGAAACGGAGCAAUGAUGCCCUAAAGGACAGGUGUGAGGAGAUGGAAGGAUGGCAGCGAAGAUCUAGGGAGGAGAGGGAAUUUCUAAGCUGUAGGUUUCGUGAGGCCCGGGCUUUAGUGGAGCGACUGGCUCAGGAGAAUCAGAGUUUGCUGGGCAAGCUCAACCACAGUGCCAACCACUCAGCAACUCAAAGCCCUGGCAACUUCUCUGAGACUGGAAGUCAAAACAAGAACUUGGAGAGCCCAAAUGUGGAGAGUAAUGGCCUGGUUGACUCUCCUGAAGCUUUAGAAGAAGCUAACCAGAAGCAUGGUGUGGAGGAAGACACUGAUAGACAGGCAAUGCAUCGAAGCUUGGUAUCUAGUGAGAAUAGCCCCGUCAGUAGUUUCCCUCCCAGUUUGUGUGACAGCCUGCCCUGCGCUGAAGGGUUGUGCUGGGUGGAGGGAGAGGGCAGGGCCUGUCAGCCUAGUGAAGGUUCUAAUGAGUUCCUAAAACUGCUCAAAAGUCAUAAGGAGAAGUUGGAGGAAGGAAUGAGAGAGCUGAGGAAGAGGAAUGAAGAACUAGAAAAGGAGAAAAUGGAGAGUGAAAAGGAGAAGAAGAGCCUUCUGGCUACUGUGGAGCAGCUACGUGUCAAAAUGAGUCAGCUCAUGCAGAGUGGUGAUGUAACAGUGGAGACGGUUCCCAACACGAAUGCUGUAACAGUUUCCCCAGAAAGAUACAGAGAGCUUCAAGAAAAACUAAAUGUUCUAGAGCACAACUCGAUUCAGAGGGACAGAAUUGAGGCUGUACUCAAGCAGAAGGAGAAGGAUUGUGUUCAGCUGAAUAAGGACAUCGAUGCGCUGAGGGCUCAGGUCACAUCUCUUCUUGGUGAACUACAAGAGCGCCAGACCUGUCUUGAUAAGUGUGAAGACGAGAGAAGACGUUUAGAAGAAAAGCUGCGCAGUAAGACGGAGAGCCAGCAGAAUAUGGAGCGGGAUAUGGAGCAGCAGAAGAAGCAGCACUUCGUCACCAUGGACAAGCUUCUGCUGCAGACACAGAACUUGGAGGCGGCGCUGAAGAAUGAGCGGAACGUUAUCGUGGAGGAGAGGAGGAAGCUAGCCCAGCUUCAGCAUGCAUACACCUGUCUGUUCCAGGAUUAUGACAACAAGCUGAAAAUGGAAAAGCAAGCUAACCACAGGGGUGGUGAAACAGAGACUCUUACUAACAGACUGGAGGAUGCUGAAAAAGCUCUGGCCUUGAAACAGGCACACAUUGACAAACUCAAGGAGGAACUAGAGCAACAGAGGUCCUUACAGGAGACUGUACAAGUGCUUACAGCGCAGGCGGAUAUCUACAAGAUGGACUUCCAAGCUGAGAGAGAGGCACGAGAGAAGCUCAACCAAAAGAAAGAAGAGCUUCAGGAAAAGCUGAAUCGGGCAAUGGCUGAAAUCAAUCUACUCAAGCAGGAGAACAUGCAGCAGAGACACAAGGAUGACUACAGACCUCUUACCCACAUGGCACCUCCUGGGCCAGUGAUGCCUGCUCCAAACCGGAAUCCCCCUGAUGUGCAGCCAGAUUUCCGUUGCCCGAAGUGUCAGUACCGUGCUCCAGACAUGGAUACCUUGCAGAUUCACGUAAUGGACUGUAUCCAGUGAGAGUGGCUCAGGAAAGCAGUGUCAGGAGUGCAUUUAGGGGGUGGUAUGCAAUCACAACAACUGACUUGACUCAAACAAUCAAAAGAAAAACAAGUGAACUAACAACAAAAUGCAAACAAGAACAAGAGUGGGUGAAGAGAUCAAUGUGGCCUCCGAACUUUGCAGCGGUGGUCUUGACAAAGAAGACAGAUAUCAUAUUGGAUGGACAUUUUAAUUUUUUGGGAAAUAGAACUAUUCAGUGUUCAGUUUAACAUAUAUUAGUUUCAUGUUAGAAAAGAUGAUCUUUACUGCCUCUCUGUGACAGCAUAAAGUACUGCACAUGUGAAUGUGUGUUUCUGCUGUACAGCAUACGUCUAUCAGUGACAAUGUUCCCUUUAUAAAUGUGGUAUUUGUCUCUGGAUGUAUGGGUUCUUUUAGGAUUCAUGCUUGUCCGUGUUAAUAUUGUCUAUUAUCUUGCCUGAAUGUGUUGACAAAAGAAGCUUUGUACAGACUAUUGUUAUGGAGAGAUUUAAAGAAUUAAAGGAAAACAUGUAUAUCGAAA